AGGGGAAAAAACAUGACAAACCUUUUUGUAAGGAUUAAAGAGUCGAAGAUCGCGCUAGUUAUCUUCUCUAGUAGGUAUGCGGAGUCGAGUUGGUGCAUGGAUGAGCUGGUGAAGAUGAAGAAACGUGUGGAUAAAGGAAAGCUCCAAGUCAUUCCCAUCUUCUACAAGGUUAGGGCAAGAGAUGUGAGAGGACAGACCGGUGAGUUUGGUGACAAGUUUUGGGCGCUUGCGAAGACUUCCCGAGUAGAUCAGAUCAUGGAGUGGAAGGAAGCCCUUGAGUGUAUUUCCAACAAGAUGGGUCUGUCCUUGGGAGACAAAAGGUAGUAAUAGUGCUUCUGCUUUUAUGUUUUUUUUUGUUUUGUUUUGACAAAUAACAUGCAGUUUUAAUUAUGUGAUAACAUAUCGACGACUACAAGU